UCUAGGACUCUAGUGUAAACUAGGUGUAAACUAGGCUCCGAUAUAUGGAAGAUUUGAACCAAAGUUUUGUGGAUAUUACCGAUGCGAUUGUGGACAUUGGCUACAUAGUUCAACGUCGACGUUUUGUGGACAUAGAGGCGCUUCGAAAUAAAGUAACAGCAACAGCUAAAUUCCGAGCAUUGCCGCUCUCAGGAUGUCAGGAUUCUCUCUGGUGGUACUCUGUAACAAUUUGCCGGUGUCGUGUCGGUUGAUCAUUUUGUAUGUGGAGUAUUAAUCUAACCACAUUAUGAAGCUAGUAAGAUUUUUGAUGAAACUUAGUCACGAGACUGUGACGAUAGAAUUAAAAAAUGGCACUCAAGUUACUGGUACUAUUACAGGUGUUGACGUUGCCAUGAACACACAUCUAAAAACGGUAAAAAUGACAAUAAAGAAUCGCGAACCAAUACAAUUGGAAACCCUUAGUUUACGAGGAAACAAUAUAAGAUAUUACAUUUUGCCUGAUUCAUUGCCAUUGGAAACAUUAUUAAUUGAUGAUACACCGAAGGCUAAAGCUAAGAAGAAGGAAGCUGCCAGAGGUACUGCCCGUGGUAGAGGACGUGGCGCCAGAGGAGGUAGAGGUGGCAGGGGUGGGCGAGGUAGAGGAAGAGGCAGGCGAUAGUGACAUUCAACAUAUUCUUCGCGUACUUUCAACAUAUACAUUUUUUUAUUUUUGUGAAAAGAAUCAUUAUUCUACUAAUUUUAUAAAAACAAGUCUUUGCAAAGCUAUUCUUUUGAUGUAGUUAUUUUCAAAAUAAUGUGGACAUCCAUUUUCAACAAAUGUUAAAAUGUUUACGUGUAACAUA